AUUUCAUUGCUUCAAUAAAAAUUUAUUACAAAAACCCGUGUUCGUGUCAUUUUUCGGUUUCACAUAAUUGUUUAAUUUCUUUCUUUUUCAUAAUAGCAUAAUCAGUGUUUCAAUUUAUAAAUGUAUUUGUUUAAAGUUCAUAUCGUCGUAUUAGGUUAUAAGUAAAACGAAAAAUGAAGAAACAAAUGUAAUUUAUAGUAAGUUAAAAUCUCGCAGAAUCAUUUCAAGGCAAAUUGGAAUUUCUUGCGGUUGUUAUUCCAACAACCGCAAUAGUGCCUGAUAAAUAAUUAUUAGAACAGUGACGCAAACUAAAGCUUUGCAUAUAUCGUCGGGCAUUUGAGUAACUUGGGCACAGGUGCAAUGUUUACUGAACUUCUGCAGUAUAACUGCGAUCUACGUACUGCAGAAAAGUGUAAACAAAGUCAUGGAACGUCGUGUUAAACUUAAAACUAUCAAUCCGCACAUUACGUGCAAAAUAUGUGGUGGUUACUUCAUUGAUGCUACAACAGUGACGGAGUGUCUGCAUACAUUUUGCAAAAGUUGCUUAGUAAAACAUUUGGAGGAAAAGAAGACCUGUCCUACCUGCGACAAUGUCAUCCAUCAAUCGCAUCCACUGCAAUACAUCAGCUUUGAUCGAACCAUGCAGGAUAUCGUAUAUAAGCUAGUGCCCAACCUACAAGAAGAUGAGAUGAGGCGUGAAAGAGAUUUUUAUAAAAGUCGAAACAUUCCCUGCCCCAAGGAUAUGCCACAAAAUCAUGAUGAUGAUGAAAAAAUGCUCGAAGCACAUGCUGAAUCUGAUUUCCAUCGUCUUGAUGAGCAAGUGAAUGUAAGCCUCGAGUGUAUGAGCAAUAAUUUUAAAAAUCUCCAACGGCGUUUUAUUCGCUGCAGCUCACAGGCAACUAUAACACAUUUAAAAAAGUUGGUUGCCAAAAAAAUUUUGAAUGGCAUUGACAAAUAUCGAGAGAUCGACAUACUGUGCAAUGAGGAAUUAUUGGGCAAGGAUCACACUUUAAAGUUUGUGUAUGUAACGCGCUGGCGUUUUAGAGAUCCACCACUACGUUUACAAUUUCGUCCGCGAGUUGAUCUGGUGUGAAGUAUUUCAAAAUAUACCGGAAGAAAAGCGUGUGUCACGAAAUGUAAUGUUAAUUAUGAAAUCAAAAGUGAAUACCAACGCAAAGGUUUAAGUUUUAUAGCAAAAAAAAAAAA